CUCGUCUUUGAUUGGUCACAAAUGCAGUGGGUGGGCGUUGCAGUGUUUGUUGUUUUCGUUCCGCGGAAUGAGUAGACCAGUCGACAUCUUUAAAAUUAUCGCAUUCCUGUACGUUAUGACUGUUUUUUUGCGCUGAUAACUGUAACCCAGGACAUUAUUGUUGAGAAACUUGACGGCAUAAGGAACCAUUGGACUACAUCUCGAUUUGUCGUGUUUUGUGUCAAACUUGUUUUUGUCUUUUGCAAAGAUGGGCAGUCAGUACCAGCGCUCAGUAGCACUUGAGGUGAGGAGAGCAGAGGGAGAGAGAGUUCGGGCCAAGCAUCCAGACAAGAUACCGAUCAUCGUGGAAAGGGCCCCGAGGUCACGAGCUCCUGAACUGGACAAGAAGAAAUAUCUAGUGCCCUCAGAUCUAACAGUGGGCCAGUUGUGCUUCCUGAUCCGCCAGCGUGUGUCUUUGAGACCCGAAGAAGCACUCUUCUUCUUUGUCAACAACUCCCUCCCCCCAUCCAGCUCUCCUCUCUCUGCUGUAUAUGAGGAGCACCAUGAAGAGGACUUGUUUCUCUACUUGACCUACAGUAAUGAGAGUGUGUACGGUGCCUGAGGGAGGACAAAAGACUGGAGAAAGCAAGAGAGAGAGAGAGAGAGAGAGAGAGAGAGAGAGAGGGGGAAUGAGACUGUCGGAGGGAUAAAGAGUUAAAGCUGUUUGUAAUGCUUCCCACCACUUUCAAUCUCUAUAUUAGUUUUGAUAAGUAGCUAGAGUACAUGGUGGAAGAAAUGCUUUGCAAAAGGAAGAGGGGUCAGUAUUUUGGGGUGAGCAAAAUGCGUUUUAGAAUAGACAAGGGUUGAAAAGAAAGAAUGAAAGCAUCCAUCGCAAAAGGAAGUUAUUGAAAUUCUGUUGACAGAUCUCUCAUAAUCUUUCUCAGUCUGCUGUAUUUAAUGCAAAUAGUUUUUUUGUAAAUUAAUAUCAUAAACCUUUGUGGAAAAUAAAGAUGAAAAUGCAUACA